GUUACUUUGAAAGAAUGUGCUCCAUGGAUCAGGUCAUUUGACGGGCUUAUUGGAUUCAUGGAUGGCUUAACGAUGUCGGAAGAACGUGAAGCGCUCGAUAUCAUGGCCGGUAUCGCCAAGCUAGCUGUGAAUGCGAAAUUCAUUAUCACAGCGCCGAUACCUCUACUCACUGCGAAUCGUCCUGGAUCGGUUACUCUAAGUCAAGAGCAAUGUGCAUGCCUUCUCGCCCACGCAUUUUAUUGUACUUUCCGACGAGAACGACAUACUUUUAAUCUAGUGGAGGAACUUAUUGAUUACUUGAUGUUUAGCAUUUUUCACGGUGCCAAUCCUCUCUCACAUGUGAAGUUACGAUUCAUUCUCAACUAUUUCUCCCUUGUGCUAAAGAAGAUGCCAACUGGAUGCAUCACAUUCCGUCGGGAGGUGGUACCCUACGAUAGAGUUCCUGAUUGGGAGGCUGACGAAACUCCACUUCCUGUUGUCGCGGUGGCGAGUGGGGGAUCUAUUGAGGAUUCUCAUGGCUGUUUACAAGUUGAUUUCGCUAAU